AUGCGCGAUCUGCGCAGGUGUGCUAACUGCAAAGGUGCACACGAGGCUACAUCUCCUAAGUGCCCUAGAGCUAGGGAGGCUCGUCAAAGGGCUAUCCGGAGAAUGAGGGAACAAUCCUUACAAGACCUCAUCCCAUUAGAUGAGACGUUCGCGGUAGUGCCUCCAAAACCGGUACUGACCUUGGAGGAGAGACCUGGACAGUCUCUAGAGGAGGAGACGUCAACUCCAGAAGAAGAUGAAUUGCUGCCUGAGAUGCAAUUAGAGGCUGAUAUUCACGAGGGAAAUAGCCAACAACCACUAGAGCCAGAGCUCAAGUCAGCCACUGAAGCGUCUCAAAGUGAGGAUCUAUGA